AUGAUGGUUGAUCCGUUCGAAGUGCGCAUGCGCUUCACCCAGCAGUUGCAGUAUCUCAGCGCCUCGGUCACCUCCUCCCAGAAAACUGCUCAAUAUGCACUCAAGUACCGCGACUGGGACGAGGACCUUCACUCGUGCAUUCUGGAGCAGCUGGAGAGAAACAACAUGAACAACCGGGCCAACAUCAUGUCCUUCAUCGAGCAGUUCUGCGAUAUGGCCACCAAGGAAGAUCACCUUCCCUACGUUCGGAUGAUCCAGCGCGACAUUCUCCGCAUCGUGGAUGCAGUUGUCCCUCCUGAUGGUUCUGGUGCCGCCAAUGUUAAGCACGUUCGACGAGUGCUGGGCAAUCUCAAGGAAAAGGGGAUUCUCUCUGCUGAAAGUGUGGAGGAGAUCGACGCCGCGCUCAAAGACCGUGACACUCACCCCAAGCACUAUGACAACGAAGAGGAAGGGGUCUUGGAAGAAAGUGCUCAGAUCAAGACUGGUGCUCGCCUGGACAAGCGACAGAUUGAGCAGAGAAUCGAAGAAGACCGCGAGCGGAACAAACGUCUGAGAGAAACCAUCUGGGCCGUGAGCGGAGAUGAUAUAGAUGAAUGCGAGCAGCUCUGGGAUGAGUGCAGUGAGGCAAACUCAGAUGACUUCCGCAACGCCAGAGAGGAGGCCUUGGCCCAGUUACAAGUAGCUGCUGAAAUGUGCAGAGAACUGUGUGAAGAGCUCUGA